CUCGCGAUGACCGCGUGGCGCGUCUCCCGGAGGCCCUGCCGCGCGCUCGGACUCCUGCUGCUGGUGCUCCUGAGUGUCCUGGUGCUCCGCAGGUUGGAUUGGCACAGUCUGAUCUCUCCCUGGCUAAGACAGCGGCGGUCCGGGCUGCACACCAAGGGCCAGAACUUCAUGCUGGAGGAUUCCACCUUCUGGAUCUUUGGGGGCUCCGUGCACUAUUUCCGUGUGCCCAGGGCAUACUGGAGGGACCGCCUGCUGAAGAUGAAAGCCUGUGGCUUGAACACCCUCACCACCUACGUUCCGUGGAACCUCCACGAGCCACAGAGAGGCACGUUUGACUUCUCCGAGAACCUGGACCUGGAGGCCUUUGUCCGGCUAGCUGCAGAGAUUGGGCUGUGGGUGAUCCUGCGUCCUGGCCCCUACAUCUGCAGUGAGAUCGACCUCGGCGGCUUGCCCAGCUGGCUGCUCCAAGACUCUGGCAUGAAGCUGAGAACAACUUACAGGGGCUUCACCGAAGCAGUGGACCUUUAUUUUGACCACCUGAUGUCCAGGGUGGUGCCCCUCCAGUACAAGCAUGGAGGACCCAUCAUCGCUCUGCAGGUGGAGAAUGAAUAUGGGUCCUAUAACAAAGACCCCGCCUACAUGCCUUACGUCAAGAAAGCCUUGCAGGACAGAGGGAUCGUGGAGCUGCUCUUGACUUCAGACAACAAGGAUGACCUGAGCAAGGGGGUCGUCGAUGGAGUGCUGGCCACCAUCAACUUACAGUCACAGCAGGACGUUCAGUUAUUAACCCCCUUUCUCCUGAGUGUCCAGGGUGUUCAGCCCAAGAUGGUGAUGGAGUACUGGACGGGAUGGUUUGACUGCUGGGGGGGCCCACACAACAUCCUGGAUUCUUCUGAGGUUUUAAAUACAGUAUCUGCCAUCGUCGAUGCCGGCUCUUCCAUCAACCUCUACAUGUUCCACGGGGGCACCAACUUUGGCUUCAUGAAUGGAGCCAUGCAUUUUCAGGAAUAUAAGUCCGACGUUACCAGCUAUGACUAUGACGCAGUGCUGACAGAGGCCGGGGAUUACACAGCGAAGUACACGAAGCUCCGAGAGUUCUUUGGCUCCAUCUCAGGUGGUACUCUUCCUCCCCCACCUGCAAUUCUCCCCAAGACUGCGUACGAGUCACUGAGUCCAGCUUUGUACCUGUCGCUGUGGGAUGCCCUCCAGUACCUGGAGGAGCCAACCAAUUCUGAAAAGCCCAUCAACAUGGAAAACCUGCCAGUGAACAAUGGAAAUGGCCAGGCCUUUGGGUACACUCUGUACGAGACAACCAUCGACUCACCUGGUGUCCUCAGUGGUCUUGUGCGUGACCGGGGACAGGUAUUUGUGAACACAGUAUUUUUUGGCUUCUUGGACUAUAAAAGGAAGAAGAUUAUUAUCCCCUUGAUCCAGGGUUACACCAUGCUGAGGAUCUUGGUGGAGAAUUGCGGGCGAGUCAACUACGGGGAUAAUAUUGAUGACCAGCGCAAAGGUAUAAUUGGAAAUAUCUAUCUGAAUAAUUCUCCCCUGAAAAACUUUAGAAUCUACAGCCUGGAUAUGAGAAAGAGCUUCUUUCAGAGGUUCAACUCCAGCGCAUGGAACCUUGUUCCUGAAGCACCUACAUUCCCUGCUUUCUUCUUGGGUGCCUUGCCUGUUGACCUCCCCCCUUUGGACACCUUUAUGAAGCUGGAGGGCUGGGAGAAGGGGGUUGUAUUCAUCAACGGCCAAAAUCUUGGACGCUACUGGAACAUUGGACCCCAGAAGACGCUCUACCUCCCAGGUGUCUGGUUGGACCAAGGCAUCAACCAGGUCAUUGUCUUCGAGGAGAAGAUGGCAGGGCCGGUGAUACAGUUCACCGAGACACCCCGUCUCGGAAGGAACCAGUACCUGAACUGA